CAGUGGUAUCAAACAGUUAAACCUCCUGGUUGAGUUUCAUUUGUCAGUGGAGGGUUGGGCUUCUGUGUUGCUUUACUGUGCCACACUGUCAACUCUCUUGUCAGUUGCUGCCGCAGCUUAUUGCCACCUGCACCGCUGUAGACUUCCUGCGCCAGGAUGACGACGGCCACACCUGACUCGAACCCUGUUUUCUCGGAGGUCGACCUCCACGCAGAGACCAACAACACUGCGCACCACACUGAGGAGAUCUCGACCAAGAAGCUGCUGGUGAGGCGCGGCCAGUCCUUCAAAUUGACCAUCAAAGUUGCCACACCCUACAACUUGAGCGUCGACACUUUCAACAUGACGGCGUCCACUGGAGACCAUCCUGACGAGGAGCUUGGGACCAUGGCUCGUUUUGGUGUCCCAGACAAGAACCAGGCUUCGCCGACUGCCAGGGCUAAGUGGAAGGUGAUUCUGGAAGAUGCAGCCUCUCCAGUGCUGGGGUUGCUGGUCGUUUCCAUCACUGUUGCAGCCAAUGCACCGAUCGGGGAAUACACACUGUCGGUGGAGCACAAGGGCCAGAGCAAAGAGAUUGAGAAGUUCGUGGUCCUGUUCAACCCGUGGUGUCCUGACGACUCCGUUUACAUGGCAGAGGAAACCGACAGGGCAGAGUAUGUGCUGAACGAACAGGGCAUCAUCUACACAGGAAGCAAGGAUUACAUCAGGCCACUGAAGUGGAACUUCGGUCAGUUUGAGGAGGACAUGCCGAUGAUUUGCCUGAAAAUGUUGAACCAGAGCAAGUCCCGUGACGUGGCUUCACACUGCAGUGCCGCCCACGUCAGCCGCUGCAUAAGCGCCAUGACGAACAACCUAGAUGAUGAGGGGGUUCUGGUGGGUCAGUGGGGGGCACCGUACUAUGGUGGGCGUAGGCCGACCCACUGGACCGGCAGUCACGCCAUCCUCAGCAAAUGGUACAAGAGCGGGAGUCCCGUCCGGUACGGCCAGUGCUGGGUGUUUGCUGGCGUCAUGUGUUCAGUCAUGCGGCUGCUGGGGAUUCCAUGUCGCGUGGUGACCAACUUCGUGUCUGCGCAUGACACGGAUGCUAAUCUCACCAUCGAUGAGUACUUCCACGUCGGCACUCCAACCAUGGAGUCCGAUGACAGUAUCUGGAACUUCCACGUGUGGGUGGAGGGGUGGAUGAAGAGGGAAGACCUUGACGGAAACACGUAUGACGGAUGGCAAGUGGUGGACCCGACACCACAGGAGAUGAGUGAAGGUCUCUUCCAAUGCGGGCCAGCACCGCUCGCAGCCAUCCUUACGGGCAACGUUGACGUGAAUUACGACGUGCCCUUUGUGUUCGCCGAGGUCAACGCUGACUGUGUCGACUGGCUGGUCUCUGCUGAUGGAAAGAAAACAAGACUCGAAACUGACACCAAGAAAGUUGGUCAGAACAUUUCCACCAAGAAAGUGGGCAUCGACGAGAGAGAGGACAUAACUAGCAGCUACAAACAUGAAGAGGGAUCAAAGAAAGAACGGACGGUGUUUGAAUAUGCCUUGACCCGAGACUUCUCCUCGGUGGACGAGUAUGAGGAAGGGGAAGAGGAAGAAGAAGUGGUAGAAGAGGAGAAUGAGGGCGAGGCGGCUGGAGGUGGCGAGGCGGCUGGAGGGGGCGAGGCCGCUGGAGGGGGCGAGGCCGCUGGAGGGGGCGAGGCUGCUGGAGGUGGCGAGGCCACUGGAGAGGCUGAUGGAGGUAGCGUUGCACCAGGAGACGGCGGAGAACCCGGGGAUGCUGGCAACAGCGUGGUGAACAGAUGCAAGCUGGACAUGAGAUUUGAAGAGGUGACAAAGCUCAUCAACGGGAGGGAUCUGCGCCUGCGGCUCAUUCUGAAGAGUGACACCAAAAUCCCCAGACCGCUGACCCUCAACAUCAACGUACAGGGCAGGUUAUACAACGGUCGCCCUGUGGUCACCAUCCAGGAGGAGGUCCGCAAGGCCCAGCUGCAGCCCGACAAAGAGCUGAGGAUCCCCAUCAAGAUCCCCUUCUCCGCUUACCACCCUCACAUGCCCGAGUGCGACAACAUGAAGGUCUCGGUCAUCAUAACCGACACGCUGAAUCCAGACACGCCGUACCUGGCCGACGAUGACCUGGUUCUCCUGGACCCACCGCUGGGUGUCAUCGUGUCAGGGACCCCGAGGCUGUUCCGUCCCUCAAAGGUGGAGUUGAUCUUCAAGAAUCCAAUUGAAGAGACUCUGACCGACUGUUCCAUCACGCUGUCGGGGAGCGGACUGCUGCGUGAUGAGUUCUACGUUGGCCUUCCGAACCUCAACGGGAACAGUCGAGUGAGAGUCCAGCUCACCUUGUUCCCGUACAAGAUCGGUGCGAGGACUCUGAUGGCCGAUUUCGACUGUACCCAGUUCAAGGACAUCAAGGGCAGCACCACCUUCCUGGUCAAGUACUGAGCGCCACUGGCCCCGCUUCAGUUUGCUUUGCUAAAGGUGGAGGAGGGAAGCCUGCAGCCUCAGGGCUCCCGUCGUCUUCAGUGAGACGCAUUGAUCAGAGAAAUGAAUCAGGCUUGGUGAAGAGAUGUGGCCCCAAACAUGAGGCUCUCAAGUGCACUUGUCCAACAGAGGAACGUAAUAAAGAGUUCAUUUUACACUGCAAA